AUGGGCCGCCCAAAGGGAAAGCGCGCGUCAAAGAGCAACAAGUCUCCUCCUGCGAUUAUGAAGCGACAGAAAGCCAAAGACAAGGCUUCAAAGCAGGUCGCCGCCCUUUUCAAGACCGAGCUCGAGCCCGAUCCCCACGGCCAAUACGGCAUCCUCAAUUACUUCUACAACGAGACUGGCGAGAGCUUGGAGAACCAGGUGAAAUGCCUGAAGGAGCGAGUGCGUGAUCUGGAGAUCUAUGUGCGCAACACCAUCCGCACGGCGGACUGGUUAGAAGGCGACUUCUUCGAGUGGUCCAUCAUCCUGCCGCACCACUUCCCAUUUGAAUUCGGGGCUAACUUUGGCCUCACUUGGAACUUGGCCCAGAACUUCGCCAUUGACGACAUUGCCGUCCUGUCCAAGCGCCAGAAGCAGCAGGUGGUUGCGUCGUUGGAGGGCUGGCUGGUGCAGGAAGACCUGGACAGCAUCCACGCCCGCCUGCAGCCCGGGCUACAGGCCCGCUUGGGCAAGGCCCUGGUGGAGGCGUUCCUGAACAAGACUGUUAUUGACAUCAUGUUCCGACAUCCCUUUUGGUAUCUUGCCGAGAAUGCCGACGAGGCCGACUCGGAUGAGAUCGGAAUGGAGUACGCGCAGGUCUGGCGAUCCAUCACAACGCGCCUCUGCAAUUCCGUCCGCAUCGCCCAGACCGACGACUAUACGCUUGGAAAGGCCAUCAAGGCUCGCCGUGACGCCAGAUGCAAGGCCCUCGCGGCCGACCUUUUGUCCAACAAGGCCCUUCUUAGUCUUCUUAGCCCUGUUAAGGACCCGGCCCAAAGACUGCACGCCUUUACUAUGGUGCUGCAGCAGAUAUCUCAGUCCGCUGUUGAUAUGAUUGCUCAGAUCCCACGCCUUAAUUUCCACACCCUUGGGGACAUUGGCAUGGGCUUCUCGGCGGAUAUCAUGCAGGUUGAUUACGACAGCGUCCCGAAAGACGGGCAUCGCGUGCUAGGGCUGACGCGACCAUACGUCUUUCGGACCAUUAAUGAGGACGAAGUGGAGGAGGAGAUCGUGCUUGUCGCAAAGGCUGAGGCUCUCAUUGCGGACAAGAUGUCCGAUGACGAACGGCGACGGACAAAGAAGCCCAAAGUCUGA